AUCAAUAUCUAAUACCAUAAAUGCAACCUGAACUACUUUUCUUGACUUUUCACUGCAUUCAAUAACACAGCUGACAGAAUACUGGAAACUAAUAAUUUAAAAUAACAGAUCACAAGUUUCUCUGUAAUUUUAUUCUUGGAGGUGGGAAUAAUCUCUUUUAUUGAUUUAUUCAGGUAUUGGGUGGGGGUGAUUGGUGUGGAGAGCCUCUCCACCUUGCAGGCACCUCGGAGGACUAAUAAUCACCUGGAGAGCUUCCACGCUAGGAUGUUGGCUGCAUUCGGCGUCAACCUGGAUGUGUGCAGUUUUAUACACAGAGACAAUCCGCAACGAGUGCGUAGGGCUCGAAGUGACAACAACGCCAACUCUGAUGCAAUCAGGAUGGCGCUGCGGCGAUUAACGCGCCAGGAAAUUACACUAAUAAAUUUCCUGACGACGGUGAGCCAUUGUGCUGACAACCUGAUAGAACGGGGAUUUGUCCAACAGCACAAUGGCCUCCAGGAAGCGGUCGUCGUUGACGAGGAAAUAAUUGAGUGGAUGUUGCCAGUGGCAGGAGAGGAGGUGGUGGUGGCAGCAGAAAAUGUAAGGCCACCUACCCGACGCCGCCGAAGAAGACAGCAGCGAGUCCUGCAGCGUCCCAUCGAAGCCCAGCAGUAG